UGUCUAUAUACCUAUAUUAGGUGAAGUGCAUAAAAACAAUAAUGUUUUAUGAUAUCAGAUAAUGAAGAAUUCAGGGUAGCCGGUAGAGUUCUUACUUGCAAUACCUGCGUAGAGUAACUGAAUUUUGUAAAAUAUAAGGAUUAUAAACCUAUAUAGUUAUACGUUGGUUCUAGCAGAUAAUAUGUGAAAUAAGUGAAGUUUAGUUUCAAACUAAUUAUUAUGAGAUAUCAUAUUUACUCAUAUUGUCAGUGCCCAUGUGGAAUGGUGUGCCUUGUAAUGUCGUGUAAUUAAUUGACACUAACUUAUUUUCUAUAAGUAAUAUCAUUCAAAAAUGGAGUUGAAACUACUGAUUAUUUUAUUUGCCGCUGGCAUUCCUUAUAUAGGGAAUCUCCAGGGUGACUUUGUUUUUGAUGACUCUGAAGCAAUUGUUAAAAAUAAAGAUGUUGCUUCAAUGUCUUGGCUUGAUACUUUUCAUAAUGACUUUUGGGGGACUAGAAUAGAUAGCCCUUUAAGUCACAAAUCUUACAGGCCUCUGACAACUUUAACCUUUAAGAUCAAUUAUAUGUUUAAUAAAAGAAUAUUAUCUGCUUGGCAAUUCAAAGUGGUGAAUUUAAUUUGUCAUAUGGUCUGCUGUUUAGUGGCUUUCAAAGUAUUUACAAAAAUAUUGCAAAGGCUGACAAUACAUGGCAAGGCAGAUAUAGCAUUCCUUGCUGUUUUAUUGUUUGCUGUUCAUCCUGUCCAUGUGGAAGCAAUAAGUGGAAUUGUUGGCAGAGCUGAUUUAUUGUCAGCUCUUACAUUCUUCUCAUCCUUUUUGGCCUAUGAUAAAGCUUGUGAUGAUUCAAGUUUCAAGAUUUUCUAUCUGCUACUAACUACAUUGUUAGCGGGAAUGGCAAUGCUUUUUAAGGAAAAUGGUGUCACAGUUUUGGGCUUUUGUGUGGUGUAUGAAAUAGUUAUUCAAUUGGAAAAUCCAAGAAAGAUACUGAGGACUAUAUCAAAUGGAAAAUACAUUAUAACAAGAAUUCUGUUCCUAUUGCUAUCAUCAGUAAUACUGCUUUACUUUCGAUGGUGUACAAUGGGUUCAACAAAGCCUGUGUUUAAGGAGACUGAUAAUCCAGCAGCAUUUGCAAACAAUCUAUUUACCAGGGUGACAUCAUAUAGUUAUAUAUACUUUCUGAAUAUCCUGCUCCUCACCUGGCCUCAAUGGCUGUGUUAUGAUUGGUCAAUGGGAUGUAUUCCUCUAGUAAAGGAGUUUGAUGACUACAGAAUUGUGUUUCCUGCAUUACUCUUUGUAUAUAUUUUUAAGUGUAUGACAAAAGUUCUAGACGGGAAACCCUUUAACAGAUUGUUAAUUUUAGCUCUAGCGCUUCUUGUUAUACCGUUCUUGCCAGCUUCAAACAUUUUAUUCCCAGUUGGAUUUGUAAUAGCUGAGAGAAUCCUGUACAUUCCAUCAGCUGGUUAUUGCCUUCUUAUUACUAUUGGAUAUCAUAAGAUUUAUCUCUGGACAAAAAGGAAAGUUGCGAAAAAGUUGUUAAAAAUAAUGUUCCUCAACAUAAUAAUUAUAUUCAUGCUGAGAAGUUACCAAAGAUCAUUUGAAUGGCAGACAGAAUACAGUUUGUUUCUGAGCGGACUGAAUGUGUGUCCGCUCAAUGCUAAAGUACAUUACAAUGUUGCCAAAGUAGCAGAUGCAGCGAAUAACUCUGAAUGGGCAAUGUCUGAGUACAAGGAAGCAAUAAGACUUUACCCAGAGUAUUAUCAAGCAAUGAAUAAUCUUGCGAACAUGUUGAAAGAUCGGAAGCAAUUCGAAGAUGCCGGGGUUUAUUUGAGUAAAGCUCUUUAUCACAAAGAGGAUUUUCCAGCCGCUUGGAUGAAUCUUGGUAUAGUUUUAGCUAGUACUCGGAAAUACAAAGAGUCCGAGCAAGCUUAUAACAAUGCCAUUAAAUAUCGCGGACACUAUCCUGAUUGUUAUUAUAACUUGGGAAACUUGUACUUAGAGCUCGGUGACAACGACAGGGCUAUGGAGUGUUGGUACAAAGCAAUAAGUCAGAAUCCAGUGCAUAAUUCAGCUUGGACAAAUUUAUUGGCACUUUUCGAUAAUACAGGUAGAACCGAAGAAGCUUUCCAAUUAAUACCAAAGGCAUUGCACGCAUUGCCUGAGUCGCCAUCUGUUACAUUUGCAGUAGCUAAUAUUUAUGGUAAAAUUGAUUUGUAUGAGGAGGCAGAGAAGUACUUUUUGAGGGCCCUCAAGCUCUUUGGAGGCCAAGUCAAGGCUAUACACUAUGCAAAUCUUGGUGUGCUAUAUCAUCGUUGGAAGAAAUACGAGGCAGCUGAGCAGAUGUAUGAGAAAGCACUGAGCAUUGAUCCGAGUUUCAUUAGUGCAUACAAAAAUAUUCAAAGUUUAAAAAAAUUACGAGGCAAAUAUAAACCAUGAAAAAAUUUCAA